AUGCAGUUUGAGAAGGAGGUUUGUCAUCUUAUGACGGUUAAGCACCCCAAUAUAGUGCAAUGUGUAGGCUACUGCUAUGAAACACUGAAAGAGGUUGCACCAUACAAUGGGAAAAUGGUAUUUGCAGAGAAGUCGGAAAUGCUACUUUGCUUAGAGUAUCUCCCCACCGGAAGCCUCAGUGAGUAUCUAUCUGAUGAAUCUUGUGGACUUAAUUGGAGCACACGCUACAAAAUAAUCAAAGGGACUUGCUAUGGUUUAUGUCACCUUCACGGGCAAAAAGAUACCCCCAUUAUUCACUUGGACCUUAAACCUACAAACAUAUUGCUCAGCGACGGUAUGAUAGCAAAAAUUGCAGACUUCGGUUUGUCAAGGUUGCUUGAACAACCAGGCACUAUUAUAACGUCAUCUCGUUUUGGAACACCUGGUUACAUGGCACCUGAGUUCUUUGAGGAAAGUGGUCCAGCAUUGUCGACCAAGUCGGACAUAUUUAGCUUGGGCGUAAUAAUCAUCGAGAUAAUAACAGGACGUCGGAAAUACCCCCGUGAUGUUACUGAACCAUCAUCUUCAAAUGAAUUUGUCGAGAUGGUGAGGAAUUGUUCUCUGCAACUAGAAAAACAAGGUGAGAAGAUCACGGAGAUAUGGAACCCUAGGUAUAAUUUGCCAAGAAGAAAUAAAAAGAUGCAUUCAGAUAGGCCUAAUAUGUCAGAACCCUGA